AUGCUGAGCAUUCUAUCAUCUUGCGCCCUCUUCCUCGCCAGCUCGGCCCUGGCCGCGCCCUACAACCCUCCGCCCACCACCAACCCCUACUUACCACCAUGCACGAGCCAGUCUUCCAACGUCUCCGAGUGGACAAUCAACAACUUUGACUUCCACGCCUCGUACACCUUCACCACGCCCGCCCACCAGAACUCGUGGGGCUACGUCAACUUCACCCUGUCCAACCGGGCCGUCACGUACACGCCCGUGUGCAGCGCCUCGUCGGACCAGCUCUCGGACUUUUUCUACGGCAACUUUGUCUACAAGUGCACGCACGUGGAUGUGCCCGGCGACAAGGCCACGUUCACCUUUUCCCGGGGCGACAACCAGCUGCUCGUCAACCAGACGUGGGCCUGCGCCGGCGAGGGUAGUCGCUUCACGGCGCUGGGCGGCGUCAAGCUGGACCUCAACUGCAGCGACACCACGUGGCAGAACCCGAACUGGACGCCUGGUAACAUCUACUCCCAGCGGACGGUUAGCUGCGGCAAGGUGACGGUCCCUGCGAAGAUUGACGAGAUGAGUGCUGUGCUGUAG